GACUUCGCUCUGCGCAGGCGCAAACAAAAUGGCGGCCAAAUCAGACGAUUUUUAUCGAUGACCGCACAAUCAGAUACAUUAUUGACGAUUAUUAACUAAUUAUUCAAGUGAUGAUCUUCAGUGGUGUACGUAAUAAUUAUCUAGUUCUCGCACUACUUUUUCUGACGGAGGUAGCUCCGGAAGUAGGAAAACAAGGGAGUCUUUCUUCCAACAUUAGUGGACAUUUCCAGCACCUGCCUGCAAAUACAUCUGAAAAGGGGGAGAACAGCAGGACAUUGUGGGAAACAAGAAACAACACAAACGAUGUAGUGGGCACAUUUUACACAGAGAACCGUCCUCAGCCAAAACUCUACUUGCCUGAAAAGGUGGCCUCAAGAUCCACAAACUCAACAAGAACCCCAUCUACUGUUCUGUUUGGAGAGUCAGCAGUUUCACAGGCAAUUCACUUGACUGCAUUCCAUCUUUCUACGUCAGUUCCAGUUUACAGAAGGCACAAAGGACUCGAGCCCAGCAAAAGAAACUUUGUUAUUCCUGCCUCUACAAUAAUAUCUCAAACUAAUUGGACCACGAGUACCAGAACUUUGGAUCUACAUAAGUCACAAUUCUCCUCUUUUGAUACCAACCAAACUCUCAACAGUUUAGGUGUUAUUGCAGAGAGUUCUCUGAAAACUAUUCUUACAUUAUCAUCAAAGGCGACAGUGGAACUUAGACCAUCUCCAACUUGGAGUCCUAGUGUUGCAGCUCCUUCCAUCUCAAAACAAACCCUUGACUCUACAGGUGUACUUGUGCCAGAGGGCACAAUGCUGCAGCCAUCAACAUUGACACCCGUGAGCCUGUCCCAAAUGUUGAACAGUACUCAUCCAGCCGUGGUGCCUCCAGCCCAGUCCCCCUUCACCCCUACCCCAGGCCUGACCCACCCUGCUGCCUUACAUCCCUCAACAUCCACACACAGACUCCAUAGCAUCUCCAGCCUUCUUAUAUCUCCUUCCUCUGUACCAGCGGCUAGCGGGACAUACUUGGAAACAACAAACAUUACAGAACCAACAUAUCUCCCGCCACAACCAGGGGAGCACCACAGCACAGCACACAUUGUGCUGGUUUGGGUUUUUGCACCUCUUGGGACACUUCUGACAGUAUUAUUCCUUGUUGCACUAGGUUUCUACAUCAGAAAGAGAAGAAGACUGGAAAAGCUGCGUCACCAGCUGAUGCCUCUCUACAACUUUGACCCAUCUGAGGAAGGAGAUGACUGGGAGUCUGAGCUGCUAAAUGAAGUCAAGGACACUUCCAGUCUUGUUUCAGAUCGUGGAAAGGUAUCAUGGAUUUGAAAAUCACAGAAGCCACAUUCUCCACCCAACCCAAAGUUAAGCUUCAGCUCGGAGUCCACAGAGUUGAUGUGACGGUAUGUACCAAGGAGAACAAACUUUCCAAGCUUUGUCUUCAGUUCUCUUCAACUGUUCCAGUUUUGUUGCUAAUAAGAUGUAGAUAUAUUAAAAGCACUAAGGAGCUGAUUCUACAUUAUUGACAGUGCUGUAUGCCUGCCAUUGAUGCUUGUUCACUCAGAUGUUAUACAGCUGUACCACUUUUUUGGUUUGGUAAGAUUAUUUCAUAUAGAAUAUGUUUUGAUUGCAGGACUUUUGUAAGCAAAACAAUUUAUGUAACAUUUUACUAUAAACGCGCUCCUAUUGCACAAGAAGGUACUGCUGACAUUUUUUGUGAAAAUUCAUUUCAAUUUGUAUUCUAAGUCUAUUGCUCAACCUGAUUUAGAAUAGCCUUUCAUGUCAUUUCUAGAUACAUGACAUAGGCAGGGUGCAGUAAUUUAACAAAACGUAAAGGUAUUGGACUCUACUCUAUAACUCAUGAAUAUGUAUCUACAUAUUCAUGAGUUAUAGAAUUGCUUUCCUUUUAUAUAUCAACAUGUAACACAAACUGUUACUAUGAGAAAUAUAGGAACAAACUGUUAAGUAAACAUGUGCCUACAUCUUGUGUGUAUAGAGUACUACAGUAAAAGUAAUGUGCAGUUUCUAUCUAUAUAUUUUGUCAGUAUGAUCAUGGACAGAAAAAUUGUGGUUUGAAUGAUCAAGGUGAUGUGCUGCAGUGUCUAUUGAUGUGUCUAAAAGAAAAAUUGUCAAUGAUGUUGGUCUUAAACCUUGUGUGCCUGACGAGGAGCUUGUGUAGUAUGUUGUAUAUAGCCUCCUUUCCAGACUUUGAGUGGGGUUGGCUUCUAUUUUAUUGGGGCUGGUUCACUAGUUUCACCAUUGGCUAAAGGUUCUCUUAUGUCGGGAAAGGUAGUUUGCCGAGAAAGGGAGGUUGCCUAGAAAAGUAGUUUGCUGUGGAAGGAAGUUUCGCCCCGCCUGGAGGGGGACUCCCCAAUUUCCCAGCCAUCCCCCCUUGAAGUCUGUGAAGGAGGCUAUGUUGUAUACUUGUAAUACUAGUAGGUUGUUGACUUGGUCAGGGCUCUUUUUCAUCAGACAACCUGUCCAACUGCCACUUAUGUAAUUUCUAUUGAACAAGCCCUUGAACUAGUCUGUGUAACACAAACUCCGCUGUCCAGGGCUGUAACUGAACCCCUCCCCACGGGGGCCGGCGGAUGUUUGGCAGGCUGCUAUAAGCGAGAUUUAAUCAGGCUAGCCCUUGAACCACACGGAGCUACCUUUUAUAGGUAAACUACCACACAACCUGGACAUACCGGUAGGUUUUCUUCUGUGAAGGAAACACCAAUAAGUUAUGAAGACAGCUAAAUGUACAUGAUAUAUGUAUCAGGAUAUACAGUAUGCCUACAUGUAAAUGUUUGAUCUCCCAUUCAAAUAAUCGUAUUUGCGAGACAAAUUCAAAAUUUGUGGUUCUGUAGCACAAUAUCACAUACUGAAAGUAAGCCAGUAAGGAACUAGUUUGGUAGUUACUUGUACCUUGUGAGAUUAGGGAAUUUGGAAGUGACACAUAUUGACAAUUUUUAUCAUAGUUGGUAGACAAUAAAUCAUGACGGGUUUGGGAAAAAGAAAACUUGACCUCCCAGCAUAACAAACCAGUUUCAUAUUGUAUACUUCAUUAUUACAUGUGCAUAUGCAUGUAAGUCUCAACAUACAGUCUUCCACAUCUUGAAAAGCCAGUGAACAGAGGAUUUACACAAAUGUGUUUUGAUUAGAAGUCAGGCAGGUUACAGAAAAAAAACAGUGAAAAGUUAUACUUUAUAUUUGCUGCUUUUCAAGGAAAAUGUGUUGCUGUAGGUAAGUGGGAAAAUGUGUGUUGUAUGUCAAACUGAGAAAAAGAUUUAUAUAGAUAUAGAUAUUAAGAAGAGUAGUUUAAUAUAUGCAUAUCUAAAUGUUAGUGUUUUGAGGAUAUGUAUAAAAUUUUGUCAUGGAUGAUGUGUAUUAAAACAGCCAACUGGAUUUUUAUGGGUGUAUAUCAUGUAUGUAUGGUGAAUUUGAACAACUUCUGCAUCUCA